CUCAGCGAUCCCAUGAACGGCUUAGUCGUGAUGCAGACAGAUUGUUCAUCUCCGAAGCAGGCUUGUGCGAGCUAGAUGUAUCUACAGUGAGAAGUUGUGAUGAGGCGGGGUUGAUAAUGGCCGAUGCAACAACUAUCAAAAAGCCCGAACAAUUGCGUCGAAGCCUCCAAUCCCAAGAUUCAGCUCGGUUUUUGUACGUAUACAUAUGCCCCGACUCCUAAUGUAAGAUGGAUACCUACUCAUCCCUGUGUAGCUACAUAGCGCAAACAUACUCUUGGGGACAACUCUUGAUUACCGAAGAGCUAUUUCGAAAGCUCAUGACAGCCUUGAAAGUACAUCCCGACUUCUUAAACGUAUUGCACAUGUUUGGAGAAAAGAUCACGGCGGUCGAGGAAGGAUUUACAACCCUGUUGACUCGUCUAGAUUCUAAGCCAUUGGGCCAAUUAGUGGACACAUACAGUAUGUUAUACCUUUUGUUGAAAUGAAGAAGCCUAAGACGAGCAGCGAUAGCAUAUGACGUGAAAUUCGUGGAACGCCAUGGACGAAGUUCGCUACUAGAUCCAUACUCGGUCCGGCAAACGGGUAUUUAUCAACAAU